UCUGAGGAUAUACAUCCCAAGUUCCGGUAGCCAGGCCCCUGUAUAUCUGAACCCGCCUGAGUUUAUCUCUCUCCACGACAACGCCUCGUAUUUCAAACGAAUUACGUCCUCCGUGCAGUGGGGUCAAAGGUUAGAGGGAGGAGCGGACUCCAUACCGAGCUCCCCCGGCCUAGAUUAGUGGAGUGUGGAGCUGUUCACGAAAGAGUUGAGGUCUAGUUCGGGCGCUGGUUGAGUGCUCUUCUUCAACAGACGUAGAUAUAACAGUUUUGGGACAUUGUGACAGCUGUCUUCCACGGAAUUCCGACGCAGGGCUAUUAUUCGUCCGAACAAAACCAGGGACGGAGCGUAGAAUAGAGACAAGGCCGCGCAGUCGCUGAGGGAAGUUAUUCAACUGCAGCGCCUCGACCUUUGCAUAGUCCCACAACUAGCUGGCGGCAUACGCAGAGUCUGGCUACCGAAAUACUCGAAACUACUGGUUAUUAGCAGCAAAGGUGGGGUGAGGAGACCGUCUUGCUGACUCCACUCGAAGCCGCGCCGAAGACGCCAGUUUUCAGGAGACGCCAGUUUACGGUGAUACGGUAGGACUGAACUCGUGUCCGCCCCGAGUCCCCAGUUUGGCGACGGUAAGCCGGGAGAUCUCUCGAAAGGCCGUCCACACGCAGUAGACGGCACGAAGGAAGGAAGGCAACUCAACAACGAACAGGCCUGCCAGCAUUAGGCGAAGGAGAGGCUUCAAGUAGAAAGCGUCUUCUUUCUGACUGAGGGGGAACCUAUUGGCUCGUACUAUACGACCUGUGGUCAACCAGACACUAUGAUAGCAGUGUUCACAAUCAUCAUCGCCAUCAUUGGGGGUUUGGAUGUUUGCCGAGGACAGACGUCCCAGCCCACAGUGAAGGGUCUGACCUUGGAGCAGAGGAAGAUGAUGACAUCACAGUAUGAGUGCUACAUGAAGAUGAUGACGGAUCCUCCGUUUGAAGGUGUGUUCUGUAAUCGUACCUGGGAUGGCUGGGGAUGUUGGGGAGACACCCCGGCAGAAACUGUGAAGGAAAUCAACUGUCCAGACUACUUCCCAGACUUUGACACCAGUCUGCAAGCAAGCAAGACAUGCAUGAGAGAUGGUUCCUGGUACCGCCACCCUGAGAGCAACCGUAGCUGGUCCAACUACACCAUCUGUAAUGCCAACACCCGCCAACACCAAAAGCGUCACCUGCGUCUGCUGUACAUCACCUUGGCAGGGUAUGGAUUGUCUCUCAUCGCCCUCGUCAUCUCACUGGGUAUCUUCUUCUACUUCAAGAGUCUGAGCUGCCCCCGCAUCACCAUCCAUAAGAACCUGUUCUUUGCCUUCAUCCUGAACUCCAUCCUCUGGAUCAUCUGGUUCACUGUGGUUGUCCCUGAUAAUCAGCUUCUGAAACAGAACCCUGUGUCUUGUCGUGUGCUGCACGUGCUGACCCAGUAUGCCCUGGGGUGUAACUACUUCUGGAUGCUGUGUGAGGGGAUCUACCUGCACACCCUCAUCGUGGUGGCCGUGUUCUCUGAGAAGGGCUCCCUCCUCUGGUACUACCUGCUAGGAUGGGGCUUCCCAGCCAUCCCGACUAUCAUCUACACUGUGGUCAGAAGCAUCUAUGCUGACGACAAAGAGUGCUGGAUCAAUGCUAGCACCAAGCUGUUGUAUGUCAACCAGGGACCAAUCAUUGCUGCCCUGUUGGUGAACCUGUUCUUCCUGCUGAACAUCCUUCGUGUGCUGAUCACCAAGCUACGAGCCACCAACACUCCCGAGACCAACUCCUACAGGAAAGCCGUGCGGGCCACGUUGAUCCUGGUGCCUCUGCUGGGGGUCCAGUUUGUCGUGGUUCCCUUCAGACCGACCGACGGCACCACCGCUGAGGUCAUCUACGACUAUGCCUCCACUGUCCUGAUGAACUAUCAGGGUUUGUUCGUGGCAUUGAUCUACUGCUUCUUCAACGGCGAGGUCAUAGGUCAGGUCAAGAGAAAAUGGCGGAACUUCCAGGCAGAGCGUAACCGCGGCGGGAGGUACAGUCAGCACCGCGGCUCCCACUCCCAGUCCUUCUUCGCUGCCACGACCACCACAACCACCGGCACCGAGCUCGUGCCCUUCAACCCCUCCCACAAGAACGACACCAACGGCUCGCACAUGUCCGGCCUGAAAAUGCCCAUGAUUCCUGAGAAGGACAGUCUGGAGGAGAGGAUGGAGGAAAACAGUGUAUAGCAGAGAUGUUUCUGCAUGGAGAAAAUGACACAUUGACUUAUCAUAUAAGCAAGGCGGUUUAAAAAGUGGUAAAAAAGGCACAAAGUUAUGUCAGUGCAUCAGCUUGCAAUGGUAAGGUUUAAGAUGAGGGUUGUUCCAUUUAAAGGAUGUUUUUACUUUGGUGGGAGGGAAUUUUUUUCUAAAUUUAUUAUUUGAAUUUUAUUCCUCUGCUCAGACCUGCUGUUCAUUCCAUCUUUCUCCAUCAAUUUUUUCUACCUGCUGCAGACAACAGUAUUUUAAGGAGCCUGGAAAGUAUUUUCAUGAGAAUCCAUUGAGAUUCCUCCUGUUACUGAAGAAGUAUAUUGUAUCAUUCCUAUUUGUACUUUAAAGAUGUACCAAACGACAUUUCCAAGACCAGUGAAGUACAUAAGGCCUUUACAUGUACAAAACGUAGCAUUUUUGUGGAUGUAUGGUAACAUGCUACCUGUAGAUAGUACAUUUAUAAAAAAACGAUAAAACAAAAGAAUACAAAAUCAAAAUCUGAAGCCUGAGAAAUCUCUUGUUUCUAAAGGAUGUGUACAAAUGUGUACAGAUUGCACUCAAUGGCAGGGUUCUAGCCAGCGUCCGUUCUUCUGUCCUGACAGAAUUUUGCAACUAAGGACGGACAAAACCCAUUCCGUCCUCUGUGACUGACAAAAUCGGAAUGUAAUGAUGUAAAAAAAAAUAAAUUUUGUAAACAUCUCCAGAAAUGUAUCACAGAUGAUAUGGAAGCAAGCUAAGUCUACUCUACCAGCAAACUUUGCCACUCAAAAUGCAGGAAAUAGUGUUUCAGAGUGUCUAUAUUUCAAAAUUAUACCAAACCCCCAUAGGAUCGUUAUGCCUUCGGUGCUCGACAGGAUUUCCAUUUAAAAUCAACGGGAAAAAGAAAAAAAAUUCAGGCUGGCUAGAACACUGCUCAAUGGUUUGAAAUUUCAAUCAGUGAUAGAUCAAAUUGGAAAACAGAUCUUGUUUACAGCAAGGCAUAGAGAACAUGUAGUGUAUACAGUAGGAGGAGUUAGUGUUGAUAUUAUGGAAAUGGUAUGCCUUGCACUGCUGCUACUUCGUCCACAUUCCAAGUGGGAUGUUCCCACAUAGGACACUGUAUGUACUUACUGCCAAAGGAAAAGAUUGGACCCAUUCAUAUCUAGAAUAAAUCUGAAGAAAUAUUCUAAUAUAACACACUGUCGGCCUUUGAGAUAUGAUAAUGACUAAGAUUUUGUCAGAAAUAUUGAAAAAAAAUGUUCUUCUGAAGUCAACCAUUUGUAAAUAGCAUAUACAUGUUCAUGUAGGUCAUUAUUCUACAACACAUAUUCAUAAUAAAGCAACACUUCUAUGAAGCAGCUUUGUUCUGUAAAGGUUGUACGUAUGUAAUAUGGCUAAUACUGUGUGCAUUAAGACUUUUGAUUACAUGGAAAAGGACAAAAACUGAUUUGUGGAUGAGUAUUAUCUCAUUAUGUCCACCAUUGGGACACCUUCAACAAGAAUCAAGACUUUCAAUCUGUUACUUUUGCUGUUAGCCAACUUUACCAUUACUAACAUAUUGAUAAAGAUUUUAAACUUUCCGUGGAUGAUAAGAAUGUUUGUUUUUUUGCACAGGCUAUUGGAAAGCUGAAUGAAAUGUAUUCAAUUUAUCAGAAUUCUGACAUAUAGUAUUACCAAUAUUGAUAUUGUGUUUGUGCUUUGCUGUUGAGCAUGGUAAAUGGGCAGUAUUUCUAUUGUAUCAUAUGUUGUACUGGAGUUCAAUUGUUGACAUUAUUGAAGACAUAUUAGAAGCAAGUGAAACACAUCCUCUUGUGUUGUGUUGAGGUUCUGCCAUUGUAAAUUAUGAGUGACCUGUCUACAUACAAUGCAAGGAUACGGACACAAGGCUCUGAGGAGUUUCCAUGUAUUAUGUGUCACAGACAAACUCUGACAAAAACUUGACCUUGUCAUUUUGAUUCCGCAGCCAUCCAAGGUCAUGUUAAAUGUACUAAAAAAGACGUAACAGACAUUCCUACAAACUUCUUACAUGUAAUCUUGACAGACAGUGCCAUUACUUGACAAUGAUCAAACCCUACUGUCCAAUGAUUCAUCUGGACCUUGAACAUGAAGGAGUCAUGUUUGUUGCUAUUGAACAGAAAAGAUUCACUGAACUCACAGUUAUGAGGAGUGCUAACUGCUUCUGAAAUCUGUUUUGUAUAAUUGUGUAUAGACUUGUAAAGACAUUACUAUGUGAGAGAAAAGAAAGUGUACUUUAUAAUUGUCGUGUAUGGUGGACAAAACUCUUACUUGUUGCUUGAUAUACCGUAUGUAACAGGUUAUGUUACCAUGGAACUAACAGAUAUGUAUAUAUUUUUGUAAGUAUACAUAGUGUAGUGAGGUUAAGGUUUUUAGUGGGUACAGGACAUACAUUAUCCAAGUUCUCAUUAAUAGCUAUAUAUUAAUGUAACUGUUGUUCUUACUUGAAUAGGUCCUCAAUGUACUUUUGGACUUUUUCAUGUGUCGUUGGAAUUUUUCAUGUAUCGAGAAGAGUCAGAGACAAAUCAAUUCAUUGUCAUGAUAACAGUGUACUUAAUGACAGUUAAAACAUUAAAAUGAUUUGUAUAUACAUCAUGGUACAAAUGUAGUUCAUAGUUGUAAGUAUGCCUUUGGACCGGUGGUAAUGCAGUCUUUUAAACUUUUUUUUUUGUACCAGUGUUAUUAAUUAUGAUACAAUAUGGAGAUACAUAUCUAGCAGUUAUGUACAUAGAUAAUCCUGAUAUAGUAUUGAUAAUCUUUCAUGUGGUCUCUAGAAAUAAUCCUAAUUCCUUGAAUUACUGGUGUUUUGGAAUUCACUGAUACACCGAAAUGGGUCACUUUGUGUGGCCACAGAAAGUAUUACCAGAAAAACGUAUCAUGUUAUCAUUAUGAAGUUAAUGUAUCCAUCUGGUUUAUUGUGGAGAUAUUCCUCGAGUACGUAGUCUGUACCUUUAAGAUGUUAUAUUGGUAUCUUGGUGUAGUCUUGUUAAGAUUAUAGCAACAGCUUUUGCCUUUGAUGCGUUCAAUAAAUGUGUAUUUUGUCAGUAUCGGAAA